AUGGGUUGUGUUCUUGGAGCACUUGGUUGUUGUUGUGGUUCAGCAGCUUGCAGUCUUUGCUGUGCUUGUUGUCCAUCAACACGUAAUUCAAUAGCAACACGUUUAGCUUAUGGAAUACUUUUACUUAUUAGUAUGAUUAUUUCAUGGAUUUUUUUAAUACCUGGUCUUGCUAAUACACUUGCAAAAAUUCCGGCACUUUGUAAAGGUAGUACAGUAGGUGGUGUGGAAAUAUUUCAAGGACAAAUAUCAUGUGAAAAAGUUGUUGGUUAUUUAAGUGUAUAUCGUAUUCAAUUUUCAUUAGCUUGUUUUUUCUUUGUAAUGAUGAUAUUAAUGUUAUGUGUUAAACGAUCAAAAGAUCCUCGAAGUGGAAUACAAAAUGGAUUUUGGCUUUUUAAAAUUUUAAUUAUUAUUGGCAUAUGUAUCGGAGCAUUUUUUAUACCAAAUCAAGGAUUUGCACCAACUUUAAUGGUUAUUGGAAGUAUUUGUGGAUUUAUAUUUAUAUUAGUUCAACUUAUUCUUCUUAUUGAUUUUGCUCAUAGUUGGAAUGAAAGUUGGGUUGCAAAAGGUGAAGAAGGUAGUAAAAAACAUUAUUGUGGUCUGAUAUUUUUUACAACAGCAUUUUAUAUUCUAUCAAUUGCUGCGAUUAUCCUUCUAUAUAUUUAUUUUGCAUCGAAACCAUCAUGUAGUCUUAAUAUAUUUUUUGUAACAAUUAAUUUUAUAUUAUGUAUUAUUGUUUCUAUUGUAUCGGUUUUACCGGUUGUUCAAAAUUAUCAUUCAACAUCGGGUUUAUUACAAUCAUCAUUUGUUACAUUGUAUGUUAUUUUUCUAACAUGGUCAGCUAUAACAAGUGAAAAACCAGAUCCAAUUUGUAAUCCAUCAUGGUAUGGAAUAAUAAAAAAUGAUAAUUCAACAAUUGUUGAAGCAACUGGAAAUGGUUCAGUUGGUGUUUCAUCAAUAAUAGCAAUGAUUAUUUUCUUUGGUUUAAUAAUUUAUUCAGCAAUGACAAGUUCAACAAAAUCUUCAGGUGGAAAAUUAUUGGGUAUUUCAGGUAAUGAAGAAACAGGAACUUCUAUUCCAAAAUCUGAAGGUGGUAAAAGUUAUGAUGAUGAAGAAGAAUCAGUUGCUUAUAAUUAUUCAUUAUUUCAUUUUAUGUUUUUCUUGGCAUCAUUUUAUGUUAUGAUGACAUUAACAAAUUGGCUUAAACCAACGAAUGAUUUUUAUAGUUUUCGUCAAAGUGAUUCGGCUGUUUGGGUUAAAAUUGCUUCAUCAUGGACAUGUUUAGUACUUUAUUGUUGGUCUGUUAUUGCACCAUGUGUAUUUCGCAAUAGAGAGUUUUCGUAA